CGCCGCACACAGACAUCUCCAAGAUCGGAAAGCUAACAAUUCUCAAUCCUAAGCAGGCACAAUAUAUCAUCACAAACUUGACAAUAUUAUCACGUACUAUAUACUAUCGAAGCAUAUAUUUGUUCUGCACAUAUAGUAGCUAGCAAUAGUAAUUAGUACGUGAUCUAAGAAAAGAGUGAUCGAUCUUCGAUUUGAUCGAUAGUAUCGUCAAUCGUGUGUCCGAUCCGAUCCGCCAUGGAGUGGAGGGACAGCUUCUUGGACCUGAUCUUGAUCCCUCUCAGCCUCCUCGUCCCCAUGGCGUACCACGUCUGGCUGUGGCGCGCCGUCCGCCUCACCCCGCUCCGCACCGCCGCCGGCAUCAACUCCGCCACCCGCCGCCUCUGGGCCAUCAGCAUGACCAAGGACAACGAGAAGAAGGCGGUGCUGGUGGUGCAGUCGCUGCGGAACGUGAUCAUGGGGUCGACGCUGGUGGCGACGACGGCGAUCCUCUUCUGCACGGGGAUCGCGGCGGUGCUGAGCAGCACGUACACCAUCAAGAAGCCGCUCAGCGACGCCGUCUUCGGCGCCCACGGCGAGUACAUGAUGGCGCUCAAGUACGUGGCGCUGCUGCUCCUCUUCCUCGUCGCCUUCCUCUCCCACUCCCUCGCCAUCUGCUUCCUCAACGAGGCCAGCUUCCUCAUCAACACCUCCCCCACCCUCCUCGCCGGCGGCGAUGGCGCCGGUGACGACGGCGGCCGCCGCCUCCUCGGCCUUCCGUCGACGAGGGACUACAUGGAGGAGGCGCUGGAGAAGGGGUUCACGCUCAACUUCGUCGGCAACCGCAUCUUCUUCGCCGGCGUCCCGCUCCUCCUCUGGAUCUUCGGCCCGCUCCUCGCCUUCCUCUCCUCCCUCGUCAUGAUCCCCAUCCUCUACAACCUCGACGUCGUCAACGUCAAAUCACAUCGCGGCGGCGACUGCGGCUGCGGCUGCGGCAAUGGGAAAUCAUCGGUGGACAAGAACGGCGCCGCAGCCGCCAUGGAUUGCACGCUUGUCUGACGAAGAAGCAAGCAAAGCAAUCUUGGCUCGAUCGAUGAUCGAUCUAUCUGCAGCGAGAUUUGCUCCGGUCCAACAAAAAAUACCUCGAGAUACCGGUACCUACGGUACCUGCAGCAUGCUUGUUCAUGUGUGAUAUAAGUGUAGUGAUGGUACAGUAGACUGCCACAUUGGUAGUUAAUUUGGCUCUAUAGCUAGUGCAUAUGCAUGCGUGGACGAAAAAGCUAGUUUCUUGUGGAUCAGCAACACGUACGUCAGUGGACGAUAUAAGUUGCUUCCUAGAUGGUACUAGGAAAUCCGUUCUUGAGUUCGUUGCAUGCAUAUGACAUGGAAUCCAACAGCGCGUCUUGCUGUCAUUUUUACCAAAGUUGUUGUCCGUUCAAGUUGUUGCUUAUUAGGAGUACUAUAUGUGUUUAUGCAUGGGCAUAUUCCUAGUGAGCUUUUUAUA